AUGAUACAUUCUGCAGCCACUGUGCGGAAAAGAGUCAGGAAGAAAGAUAUUGAAAAUGGUAGAUGGGCUAAUCUUCCAACAGAACUUCUUGAGAUUAUUUCCAAAAAUCUGAAUAUAGCAGACUAUCUCAGGUUCGGUGAAGUUUGCAGAAGUUGGAGAUCAUUUUUUUCAGAAUACAAGCAAAACUUCAUGGCAUCACAAUCACCGCUUAUCCUUAAUAUCUCAAAAAAUGCUGGGCAAUCUUGCGAUUUCGUCGAAUUAGAUUCCGGAAUCAGAUACAAAAGUAACCUUUCAGAAUAUUUUCACAACUUCAUUUUCUGUCUGGGUGUUUCAAGAGGGUUUUUAAUCAUGAAAAACUAUGUGAGUUGUUAUUUUUGGGUGGUAAAUCCUCUUACAGGACAACAAUUCAAUUUCUAUCGCACGCCCAAAUUUUCUGAUAGUGUCCGAAUAUGUAAAGAUCGUGCCAUCUUUGCUUCCAUCGGGUCUCAAGAUCAAGAUCAAGAUUUUGCUUCCAUUGGGUCUCAAGAUCAAGAUCAAGAUUUUGCUUUAGUGAUUCUGUCUGAUUCGAAGGCAAACUUAGAAUUGUAUACAUCCAGAGAAGACCAGUGGAAAGAUUACUCUUAUACAGGCAAGCAUUGCCGUAUAUUGGAUAUGAUUGUUUUUGAUGGAAGCAUAUAUGUUGUAACAAUUGAUAAUAAAAUCGGGAUAUUCAAUGUGAGAUCUUUAGUUGUGAAGUUUCUGAAUCUAAAAUCUGCUCCUAGUUUGAGCUGGCGAAUUAGGUUGGUGGUUUCAAAUGAUCAGCUUUUCGUAGUAGAUUUUAUCACCUUGUGCCCAGUUAAAGUUUACAGAAUAGAUUUUUCAACUAUGGAAUGGGUUGGGGUUAAAGAUUUGGGUGGCCAAGCUUUGUUCAUUGAUUUACGUGGGGAGAGAUGUUUCAAGUUAAUGAAGUCUGGAGGACGAAGCAACCAUGUUUAUGUGCUCUCAGACUAUGAAUGUAAGAUAUACCCUUUCAAUGAUGCUGAACAUACAACUUUGCUUAGUUGUAAAUGGAAAUUUAGAGCCAAAACCUUCUGCUGGUAUUUUGUAGACACAUCAAAUAGUAUUGACAAUAUAAGGGAUGACUGA